AUGAUAUUAUGGACAUUUUCCAAAAAGUUAACUUUGUCUCAAUGGACCCGAUGGUAUUCGACAGUAUCCAAGCCAUUUACAUACAAUGAAGCCGAACAAUGGAUCGCUCGAUUCAGCAAGGAUAGCAUUCCAAAAGACCAAGUGACAGUAGCUUAUAGUCGUAGUAGUGGUCCUGGUGGACAGAACGUCAACAAAGGCAACACCAAAGUGGAUUUGCGGCUCCAAUUAGACAAUGCACACUGGAUCCCAGCUUAUGCAAGAGAGAAACUCAAGACUUCACAUAGGUUGAAUAAAGUAGGUGAACUGGUAAUUACUUCGGAUAGAACACGAUCACAAGGCAAAAACGUACAAGACUGUUACGAGAAAUUGACUGGGAUGAUCAAGCAGGCAGUGAUGGUCCAACGUGAAGCUGAUCCAGAGUCACUAGCACGACUGGAAAAGAGACGACAAUAUGAAGAUGGUAAACGGAAAGAACUGAAACAGCGACAUUCAAACAAAAAAUCAGCGCGUCGUAGCAAGGGCAAUGAUUAUUGA